GUGGUGCUGGAGCACCGAAGCAGGUCCUGGCUCGGCCAGGGUGCCAGGAGGACACUCACCGGGCAGCCAAGCCCCGGCUUACUCCCGAGUCCCGUGCUCCGGUCCGAGAUGAGUUCUGCCUCCAGCGAGCCCGGUGAUGGGGAUGCCACUGCAAAGCAGACCCCACUGGGGCUGGACACCGUGAUCCAGAGGCUGGAGGACACCGUCUUGAGUCCCACGGCCAGCAGAGAAGACCGGGCCCUGACUGUACGUGGGGAAGGCCUGCAGGCUUUGCCCAUGCCUGUACCUGCCCGAAUCCGGGAGAUCGUGGCUGGCAGCCUGGGGGACAAACCACACCAAGGGGUGCAGGGGCUGCUGACUGCCUCGGGCCGUGCGCAGGAGGAGAAUGAGCUCCUGCAGGAUGAGCUGGCCAGGCUGGAGAACCUGCUGGCCCAGGCAGGCACUGAGCAGGACGAGCUGGCCAGCAGGUACCACAUGCUCAGUGAGCGGCUCCAGGCCCGUCUGGAGACCACCGAGGCUCGGCUGCGGAGGUCAGAGCUAGAGCACAGCGUGGACCUGGAGGGCCUGGGCCGUCUGGAGGCCGCUGAGCAGAGGAGCACCGGCCUCUCCCAGGUGAACACCCUUCUGCGGAAACAGCUGGAGCACAUGAAGAAGGCCAACGACAGGCUGGCCGAGGAGCUGGCCAGGACAGCGGACAGUGUGCUCCAUCUUCAGAGCAAGCUGGAGCUGAGGGAGGCUCAGCGCUGGACUGAGAGACAGAUCCAGCACACACACUCAGGGGGGCCCCAGGACUUCCUCCUCCUGUGGAGACAGGUCACUGCACUCCGCAUACAGCUGGCCGAGCUGCGUGCGACCACAGAGAGGGGUCUCACAGACAUGCGAGCGGAGGCGGCCAGGACAGCCUGGCGCCUGCAAACAGCCUGCCUGAACCUUGACUCCAACCUGCGUCUGUCAGCCAGCAGCGGGGGCCGCUACGGGGACAAGGUGCGGGAGAUGCUCCAGCUGCAGGGCCGCUGGGACGCAGAGAAGGUGGCGCUCCAGGCCAGGGUCUCCGAGCAGGCGCUGCUGGUGGAGAAGCUCACAGAGCAAAACUCGAAGAAGGAGGCAACCAUCUCUUCCCUCAGAAUGCAUGUCCAGAAGCUGGUGGCCCGGGCAGACGGAGAUGAGGAGGCCCGGGGCCCGCUGAGGAGGCCCACGCGCUCUGCGUCCCCCCACCAGGGUGUGUCCCCACCGCGGGCCCGCUCCCCGGACACCCCGGACCCCACACUGCAGGCCGUGCAGACAGCCUUUGAGAGGCGGCAGCUGCGGGAGCAGGAACUGCGCCUGCAGCUGGAGUCUUCUCAGGCCGUGGCCGCCAGGCUCCGGGAGCAGCUGUCCGAGAGCCAGCAGGAGCUGCAGGCCUCAAGGAGACUCCUGCAGGAGCGGGUGCGGGAGCAGGUGCGGGAGCGCGAGGACCUCUUGCGCAGGCUGCGGACGCAGAGCCGGGAGGCGCAGCACUGCAGGGCGACCAGUGAGCUCCUGCGAAGUCAAGGGCGCCUAGAACAGCUGGAGGAGAAGGUCUCGGGGCUCAAGAAGGAGCUGGUGGCAGCCCAGGAGGCGCUGGACUCGGCCCGGCUGCAGAGGGACGUCCUGGACAGCGAGAGGGAGGGUCUGCACAGAGCCCUGGCCCGGGCCGAGUCCAGCAGCACAGACCUGGGACUGCUCGUGACGCGGCUGAAGUCAGAGGGGGUGGAGCAGAGGGACUCCCUGGCCAAGAUGGCAGCCCUGACGGAGGCGCUGGCUCAGGACAAACGCAACCUGAGCCACCUGGUCCUGCAGCUGGAGCAGGAGCGGGACCAGCUGCGGGAGCAGCAGAAGGCGCUGGCGCGGGAGCUGGAGCUCAUGCGGACGGCGCGCGGGGGCCUGCGCCAGGCCUGCGGGCACCUGGAGAAGCAGCUGCAGGGGCAGGCGGCCCAGUUCCAGCAGCAGUGGGCCCAGCUGCAGGAGCAGGUGGGCCAGGUCACAUGCAAGAAACAGGCCUUGGAAGAACAGCUGGCCCAGAGCCUGCAGGACAAGGAGGCCCAGAUGGACACUCUGCAGAGGGCCCUGCAGGAGAAGGAGGCUUUGUCUGAGGAGCAGACCCAGCUGCUGGCCAAACAGCAGACCCUGGAGAGGCAGGUCCAGCUCACAGCUGAGGAGGCAGCUGACCUCAGGGCUGAGAGGGACUCUCUGGAGAGCAGCCUCUUUGAGACCCACCAGCUCCUGAGGCAGCUACAGGCACAGCAGGAACAGCUGGAGGGAGAGGCCCAGAGCAUGCGGCUCGCGCGGCAGGCCCUGCAAGUGGAAAUGCAGCAGCUGAAAAGUACCUGGGAGGUCCAGGAGACAAAGCUACAGUGGGACGUGGGGCGGCUUCGGCGGCAAGUGGUACAGCAGGAGCGGGAGAUGCAGCUGGCCCUGGAGAGCCAGGCACUGGCCCACCACGAGGACCUGGCUCGGCUCCAGAGGGAGAAGGAGAUGCUGAGUCUGUCUCUGACAGAGGAGAAGGAAGCGGCAGCUCACUGUUUGGAACAGGAGAAGAAGCUGGUAGCAAAGAAUGUAGCCAAGACGGAGGCUCUGAAGGAGGAAAUCCAGAGCUUGAAGCAUGAGAGGGAUGAGAGUCUCCUACAACUGGAACAUGAGAUGAAACAGGCCCUGUCAUUGAAAGAAGCAGAGGGGAGGCUGCUAAGGGAAGAGCUCUCCAAGUCCAUGCAGGAGCUGGAACAGGUGCAGCAGAAGGCCCAGAGCCAGCAUGAGCAAGCUGAGGCCACCAUCAGCGCCAUGACCACAGAGCUGAAGGCCCUUCAGGCCCAGUUUGAGGACGCCAUCUCAGCCCAUCAGAGAGAGGCCUCGGCUUUGGGCGAGAGUCUCCGGAAGAUGGCGGCAGAGCGAAGCGACGCCAGGAGAGAGGCGGAGAGGCUGCGGGCCCAGCUGGACGAGGCCCGGGAAGGGCUGGCUGUGCUGCGCCGGGAGCUGCAGGGCAGCGAGGAGAGCCGUGAGGGGCUUCGCAGGGAGGCCCUGGAGGCCCAGCGGGCCCUGGGUGAUGAGGCCCGUGAGAAGGACGUGCUGCGGCGCUCCAACACUGAGCUGCGGGCUGCGAUCCGCAGGGCUGAGCAGGAGAAGGCCAGUUUUCAGAGAUCCAAGGAAGAAGGGGAGCAGAAGGUGCUGGUCCUGGAGGAGGCGCGAGCUGUGGCCCAGAAGGAGGCCUGUGAGCUGCGGGCCAGUCUGAGGGAGGUGGAGCAGGCUCAGGCAGAUGCCCACCGGGAGCUCCAGGGGCUGGGCAGACAGGUGAACAUGCUGGAGGCUGAGAACCGGAGAAAGAGCCAAGAGGUCCUGAGCCUGCAGCAGAAACUGGCGGAGGUGGAGGCCGCAGCAGAGGCCCAGAAGCAGCGGCUGGAGGAGCGUCUCUGCCAGAGCCAGGGGGCCGAGCAGACCGUCUGGGCUGAGCUUCGCACCACCCCCAGGAGGCUGCAGCGGGCCAGGGGGGCGGCUGAGGGCCUGCAGGCUCGCCUGGACGAGGCCUGCCGCCGGGUCCACAGCCUAGAGCAGACGCUAGCUCAGGCUGAGGGUGCCAGGCGGCAAUCGGAGGGCCAGCUGAGCCAGCUGUGGUCCACGCUGUGCCAUGGCCUGGGGCUCCGGGGACAGAGCCCCUCAGGUUUCCCUGAGCGGCCCGGCCUCCCCAGGAAAGGCUCAGAUGGCCUCCAGGCUCGCUCCCCGCGGCAGAGGGCCAGCCCCCCCGCCCGGUCCCGCUCCCCACUGCGAUGGCCCUCACCUGCACCUGGGGACCACAGCCCGGAGGUGGACGUGGCCGCCGUGCGGGACGCCCUGCGGGCCUUGGUGCAGCAGCUGCGGGAUGCCCGGAGGGAACGGGACGACUGGCACUUCCAGGCGGUAAGCCUGAGCAGCCGGCUGAGUGAGGCAGAGAGCGAGCGUGCCCAAGCCCAGAGCCGCGUGGGGCAGCUACAGAAGGCGCAGGCAGACGCGGAGGAAGCUUGGCGCCAGGCGGAGGCUGAGAUGAGCAGCACCCAGGCGGCGCGGGCCCUGCAGGAGGAGGCGCUCCGGAGGCUGGAGCUGGAGUACCUGGCGAGCACGCGGGCAGCCGGCAGGGAGAAGCGGAGGCUGCAGGAGCAACUGGACGCGCUGCACAGGGCCCUGGAUGAGAGCAGAAGGCACGGCCAGAGCCUGGCCCAGAGAGCGAAGCUGCUGGAGGAGCACGUCGCCCGCCUGCAGCGCAGAUGCCAGGAGCCCUUGCCGCAGGUGAGGGGCCCCAGAGGGCGGGGCAUUCCCUUUAGGGAAUCAUCGGUCCCUUGGCGGCCUGAAGGGAGGCUCUGGGAGAUGCCCGAGGGGCCGGAAGCUGUGUGCGGGGAGCAGGCAAGGGAGCGGCACAGGGGUCUGCGGAUGGCGCAGCCCCUCCUACCGCAGCGCCGGCCCCGGCAAGCGUCCAGCCAGGGCCUGUCAGAGGCCGCCUCAGAUCCGGGAGAUCCCCGAGCUGGCCACUGCAUCCCCUGCUCACCGAGACCUGCAAAGACCGGCUUUAUGCGGGGCACACGCAUCUGGGCGCUGUGGCCCAAGGGCAGAGGGGCCAGGGGACCAGACAACCCAGGCGUGGCCUCACCACGCCGAGUCGUAGCCUAUGGAAUGAAUGACAAGGAGAUGGAGCAGGGGCUGCUGAGGAAGGACAGGGACCCGGCCCGGCCAGGGGCCAAGAAGGAAGUGGCCAGUCUGAAGAAGCAGCUGGACCAGGAGGUGCCUCGGCAGCAAUAAGCCUGCCUCGGCCAGGCCUCCCGGGCCAAAAAUCUGGCCACUGGGGACCCACGCAGGAGGAGGACGAAGCGCUCGUCCGCGAAGCGCUCACCUCGCCAAAGCCUGGGACCAGAGAGCCGCGCCUCCCCGCCGGCGCAGGCCCAGCCGGGAGCGUCCUGA